AUGCAGCAGGCAGUGGAUAUGCUGGUAGCGGCGACGGAGAGCGAUACAGCUGCGGCGGUUGUGAGAGGAUGCGACGUUGAGGAUAUUUUACAUGGAGAUGGUAGUGCAGCGGACUUUACAGAGAGCGAAGCGUCGGUACUUGCGAGGAAACUGGUAGAAGAAGAUGUUCUUCAGCCGUUUUGUUGCUUGUGUAGCUUUGUGUAUCGAGCGAAUCGGGUGUAUCGUGUCAACAAGGACCAUUGUUUAGAUGAAAUUCAACGUUGUCGUGGUCAUCUGCUGUGGUUAAAUGACAGUGCGUUCCAGCAAUUGUUAACGCAAUUUGACCGACGCGAAGAUGCUGAUGACGAAGGGAUAUCAGGGACGGAUGGCGUCCAAGCACUGCUGAGAUUUGGAGCGUAUACAGUGACGUCAGCUCUGGAAUAUCGUUUCAAAUGA